AUGCUGUUGACGUCAUAGGGAGGCGUGGUUUUCGUGUCAUCGAUCACCAUCACUGGCACAUAGUUUUCUGUGGGUGUCAGUAGCUCUGUGGCUGCUGCUUUUUGUGUGAAAGAGCGUGAGGUAAAGUUUAUGCAUGUACAAGCGCUUCGCGAUGAUCGAAACUCACGCACGUUACGCGUUUUCUACUCGCUAGAGGGGGAAAGACACCCCGGGGGUCGGGUCAGGCCUCCCGCUGCAAUUGUGUUUUUGUUCCAUCCGCAGGGGGUGUGCCCGGGGUGUGAAGUGUGAGACUGGUGAGUGAGGUGAUGAGUGAAGAAGGUGGAAAGGAGGAAGAGAUGGAACCGUUCACCAUGAUCACUAAAGAGGACGUAGCAGGUGCCUCUGCAGGACUCCUGGGCAGCUUCUCCACUGGCAAGACAUGGAUACAGAAGAAGCAUGCAGGUGUGCGACCGUGGUCGGAAUUUUUCAAUCUCCGCUACGUUUCCCGACCCAAGGGGAGUGGAGACGCCAUCAAGAGGAUCCUGAGCAACGUCGCCCGUUUCCAGAGCAACUAUCUGUUUGUAUUCCUCGGGCUCAUGGUCUACUGCAUUGUGACUAACCCAGUUCUGCUGUUUGCCCUGGCAUUCUGUAUGGCUGUGUGGUGGCUGAUGGCCAUCAAGAACAAGGGAGAGAGCAUCAAGCUACUUGGUAGAGAGACCAGUGCCAUGGAGAUGUAUAUGGUGGUGGGUGUGAUAAUGAUACCAGUCCUCUACUUUGCUGGAGCUGGCAGUACCGUCUUUUGGAUCAUUGGAGCGUCCGUAGUGGUGGUAUUGGUACAUGCCAUCUUCAUCUUGGUCCCGGCGGACUCCACGACGACCUCUGACCCCGAGCUGGGCGGGAUCAUCCUCGAGGACGUCACCAUCUCAUGACCACACCCCCUCACCAAUUAAUUACCUCGUGUCAGUUAUCAGACUGUGAUUUCGUUUUCUUUUUUCUCUUGAUGUGUGCACAUACCAUAGCAAUCGUAUAUAGUUGGUUUCUGUUCGUUUUGUAAUCCCAUAUCACCACACCAUGACGUGAUGCCUAUAAUUAUACAAACACAAUAAUUAUGUCAUAAAUUCAGGUAUGUAUAUAUAGCUACAUACAGUUUCAAGUGUAGUAUAUUAGAUUUCCAGCUCCAAGAUUUUCCAAUGGCACAUUAGAAUUAUACAUAAUUACAACUUUUGUAACAUCGCUAACAACUUCAUCAACAGACACUGCAAUAAUAUACUUUAUUGAUCGAAAAGUGAUAAGUGAUUCGUGAUAAUUGGACAUGUAAUGGUGGACUAACUCAAACACAGAGUAAUUCUCUGUAAUUUAUUACAUGAUCGUAUAUAUCAGUACCAGUAUUGGUGAAGAAUGGAUCUUGUCAUUAUUGGUGAGUGGAAGUAGUGGAGUGAAGGGGGGAGUUGGAUUUCUCUACAAUUAUAGCCUCCUUCAGCUGCCCAAUGGUGUCCUGUAGUCGCUGCAACCGAGAGCGGUGGUACAUUGUGUUUCGUCUGGUCUCGCGGGAGAGGUGGUCCCUACUACUGAGACGGGAUCGGUGGAGCUUUGUGGGCGGUUGACCAAACGGUUGUAGUUCGGUGUGGUAGUCUAGUGGCACCUCAGGGGGCGGGUGAGAGGGACCAUCACGGUACGGUUCGUCAUGGUCGUCUUCGUCAGCGUCGGUCUCAAAUCUGGCAUGUUUUCGCAGCAAAGUAGAGCUUACGUAUCCACUGUCGUCAUGGUACUGGGAAUCAUCAUCGAAAUAACUAUCAUUGCGGAAGAGUACAAGACCGUUCCUUAUUUGGUCAUCACUAGUGUGGGGUGCCAUACCAUUGUCUGGUUGCUCAUCGUCCGAGAAAUGCACCACACCACUGGUCAUUUGGUUGCCACUGGAGUAGGGUGCCAUACCACUGCCCGUUUGGUCACCACUGAGUGCCAUACCACUGCUCAUUUGGUCAUCACUGCGGUAGGGUGCCAUACCAUUGUCACCACCAGUUUGGUCCUGGAGGUCUACCACAACACUACACAUUUGGUCAUCACUGGGGUGGGGUACCACACUAUUGUCAGUGAACGGAUUGCGCUUGUUGUCAGACACACCAGAAAAGAGACCACUACCAGACUGGGAUUGUCUCUCUAGCUCAAUUUGGGAGCCAUUCCGGUCUGCACCACUACCACCAUCAGCUGAGGGGGGGUAAGUCGUAGGUCCCAGAGCCAACCUCUCUACCUUUGAUCAAACACACCUCCAGCGACAUUGGACAGUUUUCCAUGGCACGAGUAUCAUUACCAGUCAAAACAGUACAAAAUUGUUCGUCACUUGCAUCAGUGGUGCCAUCAGUGGUGUGUGGUAGCACCGUACUAUCGUCCACAGAGUUUGACGCCAUUUCCGUGAUGGUCUGUGCCAAAGAGAGGGACACACCACCAGUCGGGUCCACGUUUCGCUCCCCAUGGGGAGGGGGUACAGGACCAAAGUGUGGCAAAUAUGUAGACGACAGAGUGGUGCU